AUGAUACAACUUACUUCUGUCCAUAAUGGCAACGGUAAAGAACGUUAUAUUUUGAAGAAAAGUCUUUGUGAACGUGUCCAAUCCCUAGUUAAACGUGAACGUGUUGAAUUAUGCCAUCUCAUUUGUCAUCAUACCCAAUCAAUUGAUUAUCCUACGUUUGCCUAUGUGGUAAUGAAAUCAUCUCUGAUCGAUGAACUAUCAUUUAUUUACCUCAAUCGUUUACCCAACGAAUGGUUUUCUGAACUAUUUGUCGACUAUAUUCGUCAUUAUGAAGAUCGACGAUCAACAAUGACAUAUACAGAUGGAAUAUUGAAUUUACUCGUUAUUGCUACUGCAUAUCUGAAUGAUCUUGAGCGAUGUAAACAUUUUUUAAAACUAAGUUCUUAUGCCAAUAUAAACAAUUGUGAAUUUUGUUUCGGUUCACCAUUACACAUAUGUUCAGUUAAAAAUUAUCUCGAUCUGGCCAAAUUUCUCAUCAGUAUUUCAACAUGUGAUUUAAACGCUAGGACAUCGAAUGCACGUAAAACACCUUUACACUGUGCGAUUAUUCAAAAUAAUUUUGAUAUUGUCGAAUUACUCAUCCAAGAUGGGCGCACUCGACUUGAUUUGAAUGCAUUGACACAGUUAGGACAUACACCAUUGUAUUUGGCCGCCUAUUAUAAUUCAAUUGAAUGCUGUCAGCGAUUAUUGAGAGAAAAAUUGAGAAUUCAAAUUGAUAGAUAUGAACCAAAUUGGAAUUUGACACCACUGCACAUUGCUUGCUCAAAAGGACAUGCAGAGAUAGUGAGACUUUUAAUGGAGAAUGGAGCAAAUGCAUAUGCAAUCGAGCGAUCAAAUGUUGGUAUGACACCAUUAAUGAAAGCGUUAUGUAAUGGUAACGUGUCUACUAUUCGUUAUCUCGUUGUUGAUUCCUGUACUAUUUUAACCGACCAAGAUUUGAAGGUUCUUCAUCGUAUAUUAAAUGUUUGCAUUAGAAAAGA